AUGGUGAUGAAGACGAACGCACUGGUUGUCUUUCUGUUUUUCGUGUACUCUGCCCAGAGCCGGUCCGUGUAUGAGCCAGUUAUUUUUCUGUGCGACUCGGGAGGGAAUUCCAUUUUCGAGAGCACCGCUGACGAGCUCGAGUUCCAUUCGCUUCCACUGCCCAACUUACGGCAACCGGUGGCCGUCGGAUACGACUUCGACGAUGAUGUCGUAUUUUGGGUCAAUGCUGAAGACGGGUCUCUAAAUCGCGCUAAACGCAAUGGAUCGGGUUAUGAGACAUUGGAUGCCGGUCAUGAUGUUAUUGAUCUGACAAUUCACGUUCCAACGAAAAAGAUCGCCUGGAUCAAUGUGCAUAGAAAUCUAUCAGGGUUGCUUGACUACUCGUCUGGUCUUCAAGGCAACACUUUUGCCGGUAACAACUUUUCUACAGUAGCGGCUCAUCCAAAUGGGAACUUCUAUGUGAUCGACAACACACCAUCAAGUGCAGAUAUCCACACUCUGUACAACAGUUUUUACCCCAUGGCGACAAACGUAAUGACUGGGCUUACGUCUGCAAGGAGUCUAGCACUCGACAGGGAAGGAACGCGCCUUUUUAUCUUUGAUGACCAAAAGGGAACGAUCGAGUCUUUUGGUCCACUUGGAGGGGACCAGGUGACUCUUAUCAGAACGGAACGCACGUCACCAGUUGAUAUCGCCUGGUACAGGGGAAUGCCCCUGUGGACAGAUUCCGCUACAAGAGGCGUUACCCUUCUCCACGGUCACAGGGGUGUUUCGCCUGCUUCAGCCAACAUUCUUCAUUUUGAAAACCCCACAGGAAUUCAUGUUUAUCAUGGCCAAUCUCACUCAAAGAGACCCGAAGAGAGGUGUCUUGCAGACGAAGUUACAUGCGGAGAUAUUUGCAUCCCUUCAGCAUGGCAAUGUGACGGCCUCGUUGACUGCCUCGAUCAGUCGGAUGAAACGAACUGCGAUCCAGUCGAAGAAUCCGAUUCUCUGAUGUUUCUGACAGACCUAAGUGGAGGGGCAAUUUAUGUUGCACACACGAACAAUCUGAAUUUCAGGCAGCUCCCGUUUCUCUCUGUGCAAAAGCCAGUAGCAGUGGGGUAUGACGUCAUAGCAAAGGAAGUGUAUUGGACAGACGUGGAAAGAAAGACGUUAAGUGCUUCUCAAAUCGAUGGGUCCAAUCAAAGAAUAGUCGUUCAAGGGCUUGGAGUUCCUGACGGUCUUUUUGUGGAUAGCGACAACGAAACUAUUUUCUGGACAGAUACGGCCUUCAAAACCAUUGAAUCCAUCCAGUUUGACGGAUCGAACAAGCGAGUACUGAUAAACGAUGUAGAUAUGCCGAGGGCAAUUAUAAUUGUUCCAGAAAACAGGAAGCUCUAUUGGACGGACUGGGGGAGUACACCCAAGAUAGAGAUGUCUAAUCGGGAUGCUUCUGGUCGUCAGGUGAUUCUGGAUACAGACAUCGGAUGGCCAAACGGUAUCACUUACGAUAUGCAAGGGAAUCGGUUGAUUUGGUGUGAUGCUCGUCUCGACAAGAUUGAAUCAUGUGACCUUGAUGGUGGUGGGAGGAAGAUUCUCCUUGAUAGUACCCACGGUACCUUUCAUCCGUUUGGUGUGAUAGUGUACAAGAGUACGGUGAUAUGGAGCGAUUGGGUGCUUAAGGGAGUAGGGAUAGAGGAGCCUGACAAUCAAACAUGGCCUGGUCUGUACUCAUCUGUCAGCAUCAUUGCUCAACCCUCCGGCAUCCACGUCGUAGUUGACUCAUGUUCUGCUGAGCCUUGCACUUACGGAACAUGCCAUCCGUUAGAUUUAUCUGAUUAUGAAUGCGAUUGUGUGACUGGAUUCACUGGUAAAGACUGCGACACAGUUGACUCAUGUUCUGGUGAGCCUUGUACUUACGGAACAUGCCAUCCGUUAGGUGUAUCUGAUUAUGAAUGCGAUUGUAUGACUGGAUUCACUGGUAAAGACUGCGAUACAGUUGACUCAUGUUCUGCUGAGCCUUGCACUUACGGAACAUGCCAUCCGUUAGGUGUAUCUGAUUAUGAAUGCGAUUGUAUGACUGGAUUCAUUGGUAAAGACUGUGACACAGUUGACUCAUGUUAUGCUGAGCCUUGCACUUUCGGAACAUGUCAUCCGUUAAGUGUAUUUGAUUAUGAGUGCGAUUGUGUGACUGGAUUCACAGGCAAAGACUGCGACACAGCUAUCACAUGCGCCUUACCGAUUGAAUCUGAAGAGAGUCACAUCAAAGAUCCCAAAGAUCUCUACACUCCUGGUGAGCAAAUCAUCAUCACAUGCAUUAACGAUGGGAAUGCAAGCACGACUUGGAUAUGUAAUGCUUCUUCGGGGUCAUGGGAUGCUACAGAGGAUCUGAAGUGCCCAGAAUCAGGAAUGAACCAUCUAGUUCGUACGAUCGGUAUCGCUUCCGGCGGGAUCAUUUUGGCUGUUCUGGUGCUCAUCGCGUUCUGUGUUUUCGCAUAUAUAAAGCGAAGGAAGCAACCUCAAGUCACUAAUGGGAUUACACCAGUGCAACAGGAACGUCGGCCCCUCCCACGUGCACCACAACACCUUAUGUACAUGGAAAUGGACGAAGACCAGCAUUUUUACUCCGGAAUAUCUAAUCCAAAUAACAUUGGUCACAUUUAUGAUACUAAUCUAGUCCAUGGCAAACCAGAAGCACAAGGUGACUCCCGUGAAGAUCAACCCAGAUAUGAAACAACGCUAAGAUCCAUAAGUCAGUAAAAAAAAUCUAAUUUCCGGUCUUAGAUCGCGUUUAAAGAUAAAGAUGAGUUCAGGUAGAAAAAUUAAUAAAUGAAUUAUCACAGAACCAAACGAGACUUACACUGAAAGUUCAAGAUUACAAAUAAAAGUCAUUUGCCAAACAAUUUUGGUAGAAAAUGUAUACUGGCUGAGUAAUGAGCAU